AUAAAGAAUUUGAAUACAGCUACUCAUCAUAUACAAAAAUGUCGCACUUGAGUUUUCUCAAUUUUCAUGGUCUUCCAAGAAAUUCCUCCUCAUCAUCACUAACACCAACCGAGUCAAGAAUUUAUAGGGAGAAGAGGCAAAGCUGUAGUGUUUCAAAAUCCAUGCAACAAAACGUAAUCCUGGGACAAAGCUCUAAUGAGUCAAAAUCUUUCCAACCGAAUGUGGAAGAGAUGAAAUGGGUGUUUGACAAGUUUGACCUCAACAAAGAUGGCAAGAUUUCUCGUCAGGAGUACAAAUCAGCACUGAGGGCCUUAGGCAAGGGACUAGAGGAAUCUGAAAUGGUCAAGGCAUUUCAGGCUACUGAUAUUGAUGGGGAUGGGUACAUAGACUUCAAAGAAUUCAUGGAAAUGAUGCAUAACAUGGGAGAUGGAGUAAAGAGCAGUGACAUUGAAAGUGCUUUUCGAGUGUUUGACUUGGAUGGGAAUGGAAAAAUAAGUGCAGAAGAAUUAAUGGAGGUCUUGAAGAGGUUGGGAGAGAGGUCUAGCUUGGAUGCUUGUCGUAAAAUGAUUCGAGCAGUGGAUGGUGAUGGGGAUGGUUUGAUAGACAUGAAUGAAUUCAUGGGCAUGAUGACCCGUACCAUGAAAAUGUGUUAGGGUCCAUUUGGGCCGGAUUUUUAUCUAUGAUGACUCUCUUGUCUGCAACAAAGACCUGAUUGUUAUUUAGAGUUGAUUUCUCUUCUUUGUUAAAGUUGGCAAUUCAUUCCCCCGAGCAUUGUAUCCUCGGAGGAAUAAUUCGAUGUAUCUGGAGUUGUGUUCUUCCUUUAAUAUAAAGUUGAGAUUCAUGAAUAAUUUUUAUAAUGAAUCUCAUGUUAACGUGA